AUGGCUUCUUCUGGUUUCAAUGCUCAACAAAACGUCCUCUUGCUUGCGGUGGCUGCCUCUCUUUUGACGGUCACUCGAGCCACAACGGUGAUUGUUGGAGACUCCGGAAACUGGCGAUAUGGUUACAACUACAAGGAAUGGGCGGCCAACACCGCGCCCUUUUACUUCCAGGACACCUUAGUGUUCAAGUAUGAUAACGAAACAGCUCAUAGCGUGUACAUGCUGCCAAACUUGAGGAGUUACUUACAAUGCGAUUUCAGUAAAGCAAAGCUUUUAGCCGAUCCAACACAAGGAGGUGGUGAUGGCUUUCAGUUUGUGUUGAACCAAUGGAGGGUUUUCUACUUUGCUUCUGGUGAGGGCAUUGACUGCAAAGAUGGGCAGAUGAAGCUGGAUGUUGUCCCUUGGCCACGAUUUUAAUAAAAUCCUUUGAUCACCAGUAAUAAGAUUGUUCAUUCAUUUGGGAGAGGCCUAUAUGAUUGAAUAACUAUGUAGUAUAAUAAGCUAAGGGUAUGAUCAUUUGGAAUAAUGUUGUUGAUUAUUGGUAUACAUUUUGUCUUGUUUUUUCCUUUCAUUAGGUUUAUGGGUGAAUUUCGUUUUAUGUCAAA